CGCUUCUUUGCUAAAGAGAAGCAACAGACGCAUGAUCAAUUGACCUGAUCCAUCCACUCAUCCUGGAUAUUCACAAUGCCUCCGAUAAUGACAUCCCACCCAACAAACCUCACUAUCGCCCCGGAACCCUUCAACCCCACCUCAUUCUCUCCCUUCGGCACAGCAAUAACCUCCCCCCUCCCCAGGGACCUCUCCAAAACGCCUCCCCUAUCAUCCCUUAAACCAUCGCCCUGUGUCCCGGCCCCGGUAAUCGCAAACCAAUCCACCGCACUAAAAUACAGUCCCAUCUCGCCCUUCGUCGACCAAUACACCGGAAAAUGUCCCAGCGGACAACCCUCCGAGGCGAGAAUGAGCAUGUUCUGCUGUUUUCCCCGAGACCUGCGUAAAAGGGAAGACGGAAGGAAGGUCUUCGAUGUUCAAAUCCUCGAACGACACCCUUUUACUUCGCAGACGUUUAUACCCGUUGAUCUAUCCCGGGAAGAGGAACCGGUCUUUCUGGUCAUUGUUGCGCCGACUUUGAAGGGAGAAACUGCUACGGCUACCGUUACCGAUGAGAAUGGGAAGACAGUGAAGACUACCGUGAGGGAUCCGCCGGAUUUGAGAAAUCUCAGAGCUUUCGUUGCGAGGGGUGGUCAGGCGGUUACGUAUGCUCCUGGGACUUGGCAUGCGCCUAUGGUUGUUUUGGGGGAUAGACGGGUUGACUUUGUGGUCGUGCAGUUUGUGAACGGAGUUGGGGAGGAGGAUUGCCAGGAGGCGAGUUUUGGGGAGGGUAUCGUUAUUGAUUUGGGUGUUGGGAGGGUUACGGCGAAGUUGUAGGUAGGAGGUGAGAUGCGUCUCAUUUGAUACAG